AUGUCAAAAAUUAGCGCUGCAUGCAUAAUUAUAGGUGACGAAGUUCUCAACGGCAAGAUCGUAGAUACAAACUCUCGUUUCUUUGCCAAGCUCUGCUUCAGUCUUGGUAUCAAAUUAAGAGAGGUUGUUGUGAUCGGUGAUGACGAGUCACAGAUCAUAGAAACUGUACGUAGACUAUGGAAACAACACCAGUUUAUUGUCACAAGUGGUGGUAUAGGUAGUACUCAUGAUGAUAUUACAUAUGAAUGCCUGGCAAAAAGUUUCAAUCUACCUGCUGAGUUGAAUGAGGAAUGUAAGAAAAGAAUGCAAGAAAAAUCUAACCCCGAAGGCAGGUUAAAUGUGCAGCAAUUAAAGGACUUUUAUAAAAUGGCUACGCUACCUGCAGGACAUACAGUCAAAAAUUAUUAUCCUUGUGAUGAUCUAUGGGUUCCUGUCUGUUCUAUCAAAGAGCAAGUAUUUAUUCUUCCCGGUAUUCCACAAUUAUUUGAAAGAUUGUUGGAGUGUAUGCUUCCUGUAAUUAAAAAAAUCUUUGAAGUGAAAGAAAAGGAUGCGGAAUACAUUAGAUUUUUUGUGAAAACUACAUUCACUGAGUCUCAAAUUUCACAUCAGUUGAGAAUGUAUCAGGAUGAAGCUUCUAAGGUUUCUGCAGAAAUUAAGAUUGGCUCAUACCCUCAUUUUGGCUUGGGCUUCAAUACUGUAAGUAUAUUGGGCGAAAAAAAAGACGAGGAUUAUCUGACCAAAAUAAGAGACCGUGCCAUCAAAGACCUGCAAGGGGAAGAAUUGCCUGCUGAAUUAGAAGACGCAUUUUCUAAUGAGAGGAAAUAA